GCUAGUUAACUCGGCCGAGGCGCGCGCGAGCACACCAUCGCGGCACCCUCCGCGCGUGAUACGCAGCGGCACAUUCCUUUAGACCCAUCGCUGCGUGUUGGCCUCGCGGAAAUCGCGCGCCGCCGCCGUCGCCGCCGUGCUUGGUCCAAGCCCCUCAGCUGCAGCGAGUCGCCGGGAGCGCGCACGCGACAACCAUGGCGCAACCGACGGCCUGGGACGCCGACUGCGUCGCUAUUAGAUGCGCUCUUACUAUAGACGUCGCCGAGCGCACGUUCAAGGGACGCGCGUCAGUAUGGGUGCGAGCGCCGAGAGCAUCCUCAUUAAAGCUGCACUGUCGAGGUGUCACCAUAACAAAUGUCGAAGUGAACGGUAUUAAGACAAGAUGGCGCUUAAGAGACCCGGUGGCCGAAGUGUCACAAACAAAAAUCCAAGGCGCCGGCGCCCUCGAAGCGGCGGCAUGGUUAAGUGCAGCAGAAGAGGCGUGCAAGAGUGGGGAACUCGAAAUAGAAGUGCCGGCCAAGGUCCACCUUGAGACACUGCCGGAACAUGAUGGCUGUGACGAUGAUUUCGCGCGCAAAGCGCGCCGGAGCUGUGCGACGAGACUACCGAGCAUGUCCAACAUCGAACGAGACGAUCGGUUGGUUGUUGUGGAGUACGAAGGCAGUGAUGGCCUGGACUUCACAUCCAACAGUUGCAUGACGCGUUGUCGGCGGGGCGCGGCGCCGGACAUUAACGGUACAAGGUGCUGGUGCCCCUGUGUGGACCGAUGCGACGUGGCGCAUGCGUGGCGGUUGGAAAUCACAACUGAUUUGGGAGUGGCCUGUUCCGGCAUCAGAAGGCCCGACGUCGAUGGCGCGCACUGCUACGAAGUCAAGGGAAGGGCUCGUUCAAUAGGCUUUGUGGUCGGCAAAUUCGCCGCGAAAGAAAGAGCCGUAAGAGUCGCGUCCGUGAAAGCGGCGCUGGAAACGGGCCGGCCCAAACUUACCAGGGUGGACACGGACACGCCUAGUCAUUACCGGUCCCUGGGCGGCGACGCGAUCAUGCGACACGAUUCUGUCGAGAUCAUGCGCGACGACCCCAUUACCCAAACGCCUUCACUAGAGCGGCCGUCCAUCGAGCGGGUGAACACGUCGGAACAAACGCCGGAUUGGAUCCCGCCGACGCCUGGGAGAGCUGUGAGUCAGGCCGUAGGCGAGUCGUCGUUGUUUGUGUAUGACGAGAGGAACGACGUCCUAGACUCACGAAGGGAGAAGGCGCGAGCUAGAGCCGUGUCUUCUGCGUUAGAAGCGUGCGGCGACGCGGCGCAGUUCUAUCGGGCCUUCCUCAAGUGCAGCGGCAAGGGCCACUCCGUGGUACUGUUGGACGACAUUCCUUCUGGUACUUGUGCCUCUUUUGCCAAUUUGACAGUACUGAAACGGUCUUUAGCUUGUGGCUUAGAUAGGGUUGAUAUCGGUGGUGUUGGCGAUGCGGUCCUCUUGGCGUUAUUUGAAUCUUUAUCGUUACAAUUAUCAUGUGACGACGACUGCACCUUGGCUAACGCAAUACCGUGGUACAUUCUACUAAAAUACGUCGAGCGGUCGCGGGGCCGCGACGCGUGCUCGGCGCUGACGAAGUUCAUGCGCGACGAUUUGAAUGCUUCCAAAGACCCUAUCAAUGCGGGCUGCGUCGGGUGUCUAGCUCUGAGAGAAUUAGAUGCGUCCCAAGGCCGGGGUGUCGUGCGCGACUCAUUGAGACGCAUCGCCUCGUCGGAGUCCUGGUCUCGUGACGUUCUCCAAGCUUCGUUUACCGGAGAUGUCGAUGCGUCCUUCCGAUCGCUGGUGCAGAACGACCUCAGUAAAGCGGUACAACUGGGCUACACGUAUGAUCCCCAAAAACAUUUAGUGGUCUGUGAGCUGGUCGGAGAUAAACACUUCCGCGGGCCGUUAUCUGUUAGAGUGGUGGAGGCCGAGAGCGGCUGGGACUACGAGAAGGCCGUCGAGGCGUCGAAGCAUCGAUGGGAGUUCGGCUGCCGGAGUAGCGGAGGCGCCUACGCCUCACUCAGACAAAAACACGGCCGCCACCACCACAUCGCGGCCAAGGCGUUGACGGACGACGACCGGAAGCGCGUCCAGGCCUACGACGAGUCGACGAAGUUCCAGCGGCCGAAGAUUCCCGAAGGGGCCCGGCGACGGCCCUGGAGGGCUAAGAGAGAUGAACCGGAACGAGCUACGGACGCCGCCGAGUUCGCCCAGCGCGCCGUCGACCGCGAGGAGAAACGAAAGAGGAAAAGAGGAGAUAAGGAGGACUCGUCGUCGUCGUCUUCUUCGUCCUCUGAGGAUGAGAGCGACGACGACCGGCCGCGGCGCAACGCCGUCGAGCAGGAGGAUGUCUUGCGAGGUGCUCGGGCGGCGAAGACGGACCCGAUCUUGUAUGUGAGUGCCGACCCUGAAAAAGCUCGCUUCCGCUCGAUCACGGUAGCUCAAAGUGCAAAGGCCUGGGUGGAACGAUUACUGGGUUCCGACGACGCCGCGUCGCAGUUGGAGAGUGUCGAUGCUUUGAUUUCCACGGUGCACGGCGAAGUCGAGGAUCGAUUGUUAGCUGCUCGAGCAUUGGCCUGUGCGGCCCGCGGGUCCUCAAAAAGGCGCGACGCUUCCAUAGAAACGCGCACGGCGGCCAUCGCCGCGUUGGCCGCGUGGCAGCGCCUCGAGAUUCUCCGAGCGUCCCAGGAGAAGACUCCACCUUCGGCGUUUGGCGACGCCCAGCUGCGGGUGGCUUUCGAUGAAAGGUAUCGGAAGAACGGCAAGGCCUUCCCCCACGGCGGGCUACGGGCGCCGUCGUUCCUCCGGAGCGACGCGAAGGCCGGCGACGCGCUGGCUUUGAAAACGGCCCUCGUCGCGGCGUUGGGGGAUGCGCGGCCUCAUAGGGCCAAACGUAGAGCGAGAGGCGCUGAUGAUGCCCUACUCCGAGUCGUGGAGCUCUUAAGGCACCAGCACGACUUGGUCGAUGACGACGCAGCAUUACCGUCCGACGUCUUCGUGGCGCACGCGUUAAGUGCCUUGGCGUCGUGCUGCCGGACCUCUGGCAGUGCGAAAGACUUAGAAAAAGCUAAACAACAGUGCGAGCGGUAUUUGAGGUGGGAUCUGCGGCAUAAGACGUCGGUCAACGCUUGCGUGGCGUCGGCGGCGUUGCACGCGCUCUGUCACGUCUCGAAGGCGUUGUGUCGGAGAGCAAUGGUCGUCCCAGAAGUCCAAGGCGAGCGCGAUUCGAGUGACGAGGGGGAACAGGAAGAACCGGCGAAGGCGCAGGCUCGGUUGCGGGCGGCGGCUCAGAAAGAGGCCGUGUUGUUGCCUCGACAAUAUGCUUCUGCGGAGUAUCCUCGAGCUGUCCGCGCGACGGCUAUUCGCCUGGCGUUAGAUCUGGCCUCGGAGGUCCGCGGGCAGCUGCCGGCCGCUUUGCAGUGGGCUCUGACGACACUGGAGACCGAGGAGACUUAUGUGAGAAGGAUAGGCGCGCAGGCUUUGGUAGCUGUGCUAAGGGGCGAGGACGCGGUUUACUUGCGAGCAAGACCUGGUACUGCUUUAGGCGUGCCCUGCGGCCUGGACUUGGACGAACCUUUACUGGGAAGACCUCGGGUAAGGGCGGACCCUCAUGCCGUCAAGGGCGAGCCUUCAUCGAUGCCGAAGCUGCUCCAGGCCGUCGACGACGCGUUGGCUCAAAGACCGGCUUUAUUUGAUAGCGUGUGGCGCCGCUCUCUCUUAGAUGUGCGGUUUGCUCUCGGAGCGCCGCAGGACGCUUUAACUGCGAAGGAGAAGUUGCCCGCGGAGCUGGCGGUGCACGUCGACGCGGUUGCGGCGUUGGACAAGCGGCGCUUCGCGCGGGAGGCUCCCGUAUGUUUGGUGACGAAGUCGACGGCUCCCAAGUUCAAGUUCACGGUCAAGCGGCGGUCGCAGCCGUCGCUGUCGCCCGGGGGGGUGUCGGUGCCGGGGGCGUAAGUUGGGUAGGAUGUGCU